GUCUGCUCUUGCUGAGAAAAAACAAACCAACUCAGAGCUAAAGACGCCUUUGGCCGUCACAGCUCGUUCUGUCUCGCUCGCGCAGAGAUGAGCAGCAUCGGGGGCGAAGAGGAGAGAGAGGCGAUCUCGAGUGUCUUGGCGGUCGUCGACGAGCUCUACCGCAUACGCGACACCUAUUUCCCACGGAAUCCGGAGGAGAAGACCUCCAGGCUUCGAGCCCUAGUUGACACUGCGCUCUCCCUUCUCGAUUCACUUCCCGCAGACCAGAGGAAGUCAUCACUACAGCGUGCAAAUUAUGAAUAUUUGAGAGGAAAAAUACUAGACGUGUUUCCUGACUAUAGAAAAGAAGCAGAAGACCAUUUGUCAAAAGCUGUUAAGUUAAAUCCAUCUCUUGCAGAUGCUUGGUUAAGCUUGGGUAAUUGCAUUUGGAAGAAAGGAGAUCUUCCAUCUGCAAAAAACUGCUUUUCUUUAUCACUAAGCAAGGGGCCUAACAAGAAAAUUCUUUGCCAGCUUUCAAUGCUUGAAAGAAGUAUGGCUCAAGGUACAGAAAAUAAAGCUGCUUCAAUUGAAGAAAGCAUAACACACGCGAGAGAAGCUGUACAAUUGGAUAUCAGGGAUGGAAAUUCUUGGUACAACCUUGGAAAUGCAUGUCUUACAAGUUUUUUCGUGACCGGUACAUGGGACCAUGCAAAGUUACAACAGGCAUUGAAAGCUUAUCAAAAUGCUGAGAAGGAUGCACUGAUGCACUCUAAUCCUGACCUUUAUUUCAAUUGUGCUUCUGCAAAUAAGUAUCUCGAAAACUAUGAAAGGGCCCUCCAUGGGUUUGAAGCUGCCUCUUUAAGGGAUCCUGGCCUCAAUGCUGAAAGUGAAGCUCAAAAGAUAGUUAGCCUUCUGGAAAAAAUAGAGAGUUCUAUGAAGGUGAUGACUAGAGCUAAACGAUUAGCAUCACUAGUAUCAAGCUUAGAUGAAAUUAGUUUGAAAUCAUCACACAGAAAAGUUAGCAUUAAUACUUUAAAGGAGGGGCUCAACAAAGCGGUUGCAGUAAUUGGGAAAAUACUACUCUUCAUCAAGCAUGAGGAUAUUGCCCCAUUGGUGGAGAAAAUUCACUCUCAAAUUACUAGCCACGUCAUCAUUAGAAGAAUCACCAUGGAAGGGAAUCAAAUGCUUCGCAUUAAAAACAUUGACAAUGCGAAUAUUACUAGGCAGCUUCAAACGAUACACAUUGAGUGUGGACCAUCGCCUUGCUGCAAUGACAACAAAUCCCUCGAUGCUAAACUGAAUAAACCACCUAGAAUGGGCUGA